AUGGCUUCGAAUGAGAAGAAGGGUGGUAGGGCAUUUCACAUGACCCCGGCCGCCUGUGACAUGGCUGAUUUCAUGACGGCAAAUGACCUUAUUGACCCGGGGUUUGUUGGGCCUGCUUUCACGUGGACUAACAAUAAAGAUGCGGGGAGUAAAAUUUUCUCCAGAUUAGAUAGGUUCCUUGUUAGGUCAAAUAUUAUGGAUGCGUUCCAAGGGCUGCGGGUCAGGCACCUCUCCAGACUCAUUUCUGACCACUGCCCCAUUCUUUGUUCGGUCGUUGCUGAGACAAAAAUCAGUUACUCCCCGUGGUUUCGGUUUGAGGAUGUUUGGGUGAGUUAUCCCAAGGCCCGUCAAUUGGUGAUGGUUAAAUGGAAUGUUGGGGACCAUGGCAGCAAAGCGGCACAGCUCCAGAGGAAAUGCAGUAGAACACUGAAGGCUUUGUUUUUCUGGAGCAUAAACAAAUUUAAGAUGCUAAAUAGACAUAAGGAAGAGCUGGACAGGGAGAUCCGGAAUCUACAGGAAUUGGAGGGAGAACCGGGCGGUCUGAGUGAAGCACAGACGGAGAGGCUGAGAUUCAUUGUGCAACUGUUCAACAGCACGUUGGCCCGCAUUUUGAAGUGGUGGAAACAGAGGGCUAAAGUGCAGUGGAUUGAAGAGGGAGACUAUAAUACACGAUUCUUCCAUUCUAUGGCAUCGGCACGGAGAAGAUCAAAGAGUAUUGAGCUCAUCAAGAGGGAGGAUGGCAGUGAGACGACGGAGGCAGGGGAGAUUGCGGACAUCUUUUUUCAAUCAGAAAUGGAAGGGACAGGCAAUCGUAGAGUCGGGGUGGCCGUCUCUUGA